UUUUCUUUUCAACUUUCCCCCUUUUUCUCUGCUCCGAUUUCAUUAAUCAAAUAUUUGAAAGUCUCUCGAGGUUGCAGGUUCGAAUCAGAAGUGGGACGGGGUUUUUGAAAAACCCUAGCUAUAGUAUAUAUAUAUUUUUCCCUUAAUUUUCAAAGAGAGGUUUGGGGUUUGAACCCCGGGAAUGGACUCAGAUCAGGGAAAACUGUUCAUAGGCGGGAUAUCGUGGGAGACUACAGAAGAAACCCUAAGGGAAUACUUCAUACGGUAUGGCGAAGUUGCAGAUGUAGUCAUAAUGCGCGAUCGAAGCACGGGGAGCACCAGGGGCUUCGGCUUUGUGGCCUUCGCAGAUCCUAAUGUUGUCGACACAGUACUCAAAGACAAACAUAUCAUCGCAGGCCGAGCGGUAGAGGCAAAGAGGGCUUUACCCAGAAGUGAGCAGCAGCCACAACAGAACCAGGGUUUUGGAGCCUCCCGGAGUUUGAAUGCUGGACCUACUCAGGGUUUUGCACAAAGGACCAGGAAGAUUUUUGUUGGUGGCUUACCAGCAACCUUAACAGAAGAUGAGUUCAGAAAGUAUUUUGAGCAGUUUGGCAAUAUAACAGAUGUUGUUGUUAUGUAUGACAGUGGCACACAGAGGCCACGUGGUUUUGGAUUUAUUACUUUUGAUUCAGAGGAUGCUGUGGAGGCCGUGGUGCAGAAGAGUUUCCAUGAACUGCAUGAUAAACUUGUUGAGGUUAAGCGGGCAGUUCCAAAAGAGGGCAACACGGGCAGUCGGGGCAGAGGAUUUGGGGGCUAUGGUUCAAAUCACGGUGGUGGCAAUUAUGGUCGUAUGGACAAUAAUAGGUAUGGCAAUGCUACUGCAGGGGCUGGAAGGGGAUAUGCAGGGUAUGGUCCUACUGGUUAUGCUGCUCCGGCACCAAUGCAAGGGAACUUUGCAGCAGGUGGUUAUAUGAAUGGAGGGUAUGGUGGUGGUGGUUAUGGGAGCCCUGGUGGAGGUUAUGGCUAUGGAAAUGUUGUCCCUGCUGCGCCAUCUCCAAGUGGAGGUUAUGGUGGUGGCCCAGCCGUUGGUGGUUAUGGCAAUGGACCUGUGGGAGCUCCUCGAAGCCCAUGGGGUGGUGCUGGAUUUGGCCCUAAUUCUGCAGGGUAUGGAGCAAAUCCAGCUGCAGCUUAUGUCCGCUCUGGUGGUGCACAGAGUCCUAGUGCAGCAGGCAGUUAUGGAGGUGCACCUGCUUAUCUCUAUGGAGACGGAGCCUAUAGUUCUGGUGGCACUCCUGUUGGCUAUGGGCGUGGUGGGGGAGCUGCUGCCCCUGCAGGUGGGCCUUACACAGGAACAGGUGGCAGUAGCUAUGGGGAUUCUUCACAUGGUACUCCAGGUUACUCAAAUACCGCAUGGAAGCAAGGUGGCAAUGAUCAUCCUUCGAGUGGAGUUGGUGGCUUUGGUGGGUAUAGCAGUGGUGGUGGUGAUGGGACAACAAAUGAGCAGACAGGUUAUGAAGGGGCUCAUGGUGCAUCAGGAAGGCAGAGUCAGAGAGGCCCAGAUUCACGUUUUAGGCCAUAUCCUGAUCGCACAGGCUAAAUUCUAUAUGCCUCUCAUUCUGAUAUUCCUGUAAACAGUAUUUUUUAGAGAUUUUGUCAUAUAAUUGACAGUGAAUCAAAUUUCCUUUUGAAGCUCUAGACAUAAGGCAUAGUUCAGAAAGCUAUAGUUUUAAUCACAUGGCAGUGUUGUGCAUUGGGCACACCAGUAUUUUGUUUGGAAGACUAGGACAUUGUAUUCUAUCAGAUAGGUAGUAGAUAUUUUGGGAAUAUUGUUUCAUAUCGAGUUUUUCAUAUGGGUCGAGUUAUUAAUGCUGUGAGAACCCUAGUUUUUGACUGUUCAAUUAGUAAAAGUUUUUCCACUGUCUGUUGUGUUUCUGUUAUGACGAAAUUUUUGUUGAAUACACUGUAACAUUUACCUUGUAAUUACAAGUUUUAUCAUUGAAUUUGAUGUCAUAUUAGAUUC